AUGCACAGAACAUAUUCUUUAAGGUCUACCAGGGCACCAACCGCCUCAGACUUGCAGAAUCCUCCACCACCACCAUCUAGUACCAAGAGCAGAUUUUUCGGUAAGGGUGGGUUGGCUUACAGCUUUAGAAGAAACGCAGCAGGUGCUUUUGGGCCAGAGUUGUCGCGUAAGUUGUCGCAGCUUGUGAAGAUUGAGAAGAACGUGCUUCGUUCUAUCGAGUUGGCUGCCAAUGAGCGUAGAGACGCGGCCAAGCAGCUUUCGUUGUGGGGUUUGGAGAAUGAUGACGAUGUUUCGGAUAUCACCGACAAGUUGGGUGUUUUGAUUUACGAAAUGUCCGAGUUGGACGACCAGUUCAUCGACCGUUACGACCAGUACAGAUUGACCUUGAAGUCUAUCAGAGACAUUGAGGGGUCUGUCCAGCCAUCCCGUGACAGAAAGGCCAAGAUUGCCGACAAGAUUGCGUACUUGAAAUACAAGGACCCUCAAUCGCCAAAGAUUGAGGUUUUGGAGCAAGAGAUGGUCCGUGCCGAGGCUGAAUCGCUUGUUGCCGAGGCCCAGUUGUCCAAUAUCACCAGAUCUAAGUUGAGAGCCGCUUUCAACUACCAGUUCGACUCCAUCAUCGAACACUCCGAAAAACUGGCCUUGAUUGCUGGUUACGGUAAGGCAUUGUUGGAAUUGUUGGACGAUUCUCCUGUUACCCCAGGUGAAACUAGACCAGCCUACGAUGGUUACGAAGCUUCCAAGCAGAUUAUUAUCGACGCUGAGAACGCUUUGAACCAAUGGACCUUGGACUCUGCUGCCGUUAAGCCUUCGUUGUCCAUCAGAAACUUCGACGAUGCUUACCUGGACGAAGAAGAACAAUGGGACGAGGAACAACCACAACACGAGGAAGAGGAGGAAGAACACCACCAACAAGUUGCUGCUUGA